AAAAAUUCUGCCUGCACCCUUGCCAGACUUAGCUGUCGUCGAUACAUCUUUUGUUUUUGAAGAAGAACGUCGUUUUCUGACAGUUUACUGGUCUGUAGCAAACACUGGCAGCUGGAUGCGUAAGAGUGCCUCUUGGCUGGAUAGAGUGAUUGUCUCGCCGUCAAGAGGCGUCAUCGAUGGCAAAGAUGCGCGUGUUUUAGUAUCUGAACGCGUGACUGCUAAAUUAGAUGAACAACAAGAGUAUGGACUAUCCGUGGCGUUACAGAUUGAUAACAGCAUCAGAGGAAAGUUUUACGUGCACGCGGUUACAAACGCAAAUAAGAACUUGUCUGAAGUUCCAGGCGUUUUAAAUAACGUCCGCUUGGCAAGGCAAAUUCUUUCUGUUCCGCCUCCCCUUGCGGCUAAGUUGGUCUUGACUAUUAUUUCAAGUUUUCCGUCUCGGAUGACCUUAGGAACUCCUUUCCCUAUCGCGUUUCGUGUGCAGAACGUGGGGUUUGUAACAACGAAGAAAACCUCGUGGACUGAUGCGCUUUAUGCUUAUGGAAGGAAAGGCGCAAACAGAACAGAGGUCAUGGAACAAGGGACAAAGUUAAAAGAGUUUCCUCACAUUGGCACAUUAGCAGCUCAAUCGUUUUACGAAGUAAGAUCCAAUGUCUCCAUUCCACGUGGGUUUGAUUCUUCAGCUUUCAUCUACGGCUUUGCAGAUAUCCACAGUCCCUAUACACCACCAGACAUAGAUGAGGGUAACAAUGGCGCACAACCUAAUGUCACGCAACCUAAUGUCACACAACCUAACGUCACACAACCCACAGUGACGCCGACAGCACCAACCGGCAUUAUUAUCACCGAAGGUCUCUUACCAGAUCUGCAAGGAUCGCUGGGAAGCAUAAAAGUGGAAACCCGUGGUGGCCAGCCAUUAAAUGUGACUUUCAACGUAACAAACGCAGGAGAAUUCUCUGUACAGGGAGCGUGGUACAAUGCUUUGUACCUCAGUCAAGACCUGUUGAUCGAUCCAUUUGACCUGCGACUUGCGACUGUGAGAGCAACUUAUCUUUCCGUGAACAACACGUUGUCGUUGAGCGCCGAGGUUUUCAUUCCGUUUGACACUCUUGAUUCGGAGUAUUACCUGCUAUUGUUGGUGGACAGUAAAAACACUAUCUGGGAAAGUGACGAACAGAACAACGAGGCUUCCCUGCUAAUAAAGAUCAACAAGACAUUCAGUAGCGACUUAGCUGUUUUAUCUGUUUCCUCGUCCAGUGGUCAGUUCUAUUAUGGUGAAGAUGUCACCGUGAGCUGGAAGAUAAGAAACAAUGGAAGCCAACCGGCCGAGGGUUAUAAAUGCGAUACCGUUUACUUGUCACAAGACGACUUAUGGCAGAUAGAAGACGUGAGAAUUGGGAAACCAAUCUGUUCUUACGUCAUCCUGAAUCCUUACAACGGAGGCGCUAACAAAGACACUGCUUACUCUAUAACAAGCGAACUACCGCUGACAAGCUUGGGACAAUAUCGCAGUCUUGUGAAAACUCGAAGCAACAUUCUAGACCAAAAUCACCAAAACAACAUUGCUGUCGGACCGAAAAACUUAAAUGUUUCUUUUCCAAGACUUCCGUUAGAUGGCUGUACGAACGUUACCUUAAAGCCGGGCGAAGACUCGUCAUACAUUGUUGACAACGUCCCGGAUGAAAAGACGCUCAUUGUUACCAUAAAUAGCAACAUUACUGAUGCAUUCCAUGAAUUGUUCGUGAGGCACUCCAAACCGGCAACCCCUUACCAAUAUGACGGGGGAUCAAAAUUUGCUCUGUCACCUGACCAAGAGGUAGUAAUACCUGAAACGAUUGCGGGGGAAUACUAUGUUCUGAUGAAAAGAUAUGAUACUUCUUCAUCCGACCAGACUAAAAAGGCGUCUCAGCUGUGCGCGCGCAUUGCAAAGUUUGAAAUCAGUCGUGUAUUUCCUAAUCAAGUAGCUCCACUGGGAAACGCCACCCUGCGCUUUGAAGGAACUUUGUUUGGACAAAAGCUAGAAGCUUUUCUUGUGAAUGUUUCCUCUGAUGAAGAUUUCAUCAGAGCAGAUCAAGUCUAUCGAAUGGGUUCAAUGGAAGUGUACGCUACUUUCAUCACGACAAAUCUAACCGUUGGUGCAACCUUCCACGUUAAACUUGUCAACGCAGAAUCAAAAGAAGAAGCGUUACUGGAACGUUCUUUGGUGGUAACGCGCGGUGAACCUGGACGGUUAGAAACGCACGUUGACUUUCCAGAAGUGCUGCUAGUGGAUUCGUCCGGGGUGAUAACAUUGUCGUAUGAAAAUGUCGGCGACACUGAUAUUUUAUGUCCCCUGUUAUCACUUAGUGUCAGUGGGGGACAGACACAGCUCCGRCCUGCUCAAAAGGAUAGACAAGCGGCUCAAUUGUCUUCCGCUGUUAUGUUUUUAGCGCAACCGAUUCAAGGCCCAGGUGGUAUUUUACCUCCAAAGGCUUACGGGGAAAUAGUAUUUGAUACCGAGUCAGGUGGAGGCGAAGAAGCGCAAGCGACAUACAGUGUUCAGAUGUUGUUUGGAGGCGAUGAACCACACGCUUAUAUAAACAGCAGCAAAGACUUGAAGCCGGAGUUUUUGAGCGAUGAACUGUGGUCUCCAGUUUGGAACAACUUCCUGGUUUCUGUUGGUAAGUCGGCGUCUUCGUUCCAGCGCAGGAUGUCAGCGGUCAGUACCUUGCUGAGCAUGUCAGGAAGGAGAGUCAACUCGUUGACUGAUCUUGUGCAGUUCCAACUUGAUGUGGCCAAUGGCAAGCUGAGCGGUGACCCACUAUUAGCGCAGGAUGACUUAAACGACCAAUCCACAUUAGAUGGUACAUUGCCUUUGGUCUUACAAAGAACGUACAGCCCUCUUCUUUCCAAACGAAGGGACAAGGGCGUUUUUGGAAUUGGUUGGAUGGCGUCGUGGUGGGAAGCUAAAGUAACGCUGAUUACACCAGAAAGAAUUAAGAUUGUUCGUUUACGCGAAGAGCUAGUAUUUGAGGCAGGUGCAACUGGGCUGUACAUCCCACUCGAUGGAAAGAAACUCACUGUUCACGACACAGAACUCUAUUUCACCGACUUUAGCAUCUCUACUGUGUUUAUAUUUGACUCCGUCAUGAAACAUCUAAAAAAGAUCCAAAGGGGUAACGAGACGAUCACCAUUGAGUAUUUGCAGAACAGAUCCUCGACUUUCAAGCAUUCGUCUGGUGGAAAAAUAACUGUGAAAUACAACGACAAAGGAUUCCUUCGCGAGGCUCGAUUAAAAGAUGGAACCGGUAACGAACGAAGAUGUUUCUACACUUAUGAUUGGAACACAGCAGCAUUGCUGUCCGUGAGCGUGGACGAACAAACUACGCGUUAUACCUACAGCUUUUACGGUGACCUGACAAGUAUUAUUUACCCUACUUCGACUACUGUCAAGUAUUCUUGGAACCAGUAUGGAUUCCUGAGUAAUAUAACAGGUUAUAACCGGGAAAACAAGUUUGUUCAGGGAAUGUAUUUCUCUUACGACUGGAAUGGUAAGGUUGCUUUGUCCAGACUCCCUCAAGGCGACUCGGCCGUGCUGGUGUUUAAUGAAGAUGCGAGAAUGAUGGAUAUAGUAGGCGAAGGUUUUAGCGGUGUACGGUUUGACAGUGUUAAAAAUGAUGACCAGGUUGUGCGAAUCAUCAAGCAAGGAGACCAGGUACCGAGAUAUUUUGAAUGACAGUGAUUUUAUUCAUACAGUUGUAAUGUAAGGGUAACUUAUUUCAGCCCUCAGGGUUAAUUUGUCAAUUUUACAUUC